UACAGGAGAAGUCAGGUUCAUUUCGCGAAGUUCGGUGCAGCUAGCCAUCCUUGCGACCUUUGCGGAGAGUUCAUUCAUGACAUUGUGGAUUGGUAUCUAACUUACUUUUAGACUCACAGAUAAUUCAGAGAGCGUUGUGAGUCUGAACCUGGCAAUGUUCUUAGUUUACGUCCUCCUGCUGUUUGGGGCAGGGGCGAGUGAGGGUGCAUGGGAGGAUGGUGAUGACGGUGUUGACCGGCGGAAUGGAGAUUUGCCUGGGAUGCCCGUCAAGUUAGAACCAGGCAAUAAACCAUCGGACUGUGCCGAUAUGUGCGUGGCUAACGAGCAGUGUGUGUCAUGGGCGUUUGGCAAGGCUAACUGCACUGAAGAAUAUAUAACACUGGACUGGGUCCGAGACUCCGCCGCUCCAAUGUGUUGGUUGAAGGGCCAAGUGACACAGCAAUCCGCUGACAAAUGCAGGGUGAGUGGAGUUCGCAACACAACACUUCUGCCUCUAGCAUUCACACCACUACCCACAGCGGCAGUCAAACCGACAGGUUGGCUGCUCAAUCAGCUUAAGACGCAAGCAACGGGAUUGUCCGGCCAUUUGUCACUCUUCUGGCCUGAUGUCAAUCAGUCUGUCUGGAUUGGUGGGCAACAUGAUCCUGGCUUGAAUGAGCGUACUCCCUACUGGCUGAACGGCUUCGUACCACUGGCCUAUCAGCUUCAGGAUAAAUCCUUGCUCGAUCAGGUACAAAGCUAUGUGACGUAUGUACUGGACCAUCAAACGGCAGAUGGGUGGCUUGGUCCUGAGCCGGAUCACAAGGAUGGAAAUGCUUACUGGUCGAAGUUUCCCAUGUUGAUGGCACUUACCCAGUAUCAUGAGGCAAAUCCUGGCGAGACUCGUGUAGUUCCGGCAAUCAUGAAGUUUCUUCACAUUGUCCAUGAGAGUAUGUUUCAGUCAGCACUGGGCGGUUGGUCAGCCGCCAGAUAUCAAGAUUUUGUAUUGACCUGCCACUGGCUUCUUGACAAUAACAAAACUGAUGAGGAGCAGUUUGUAUGGGAUGUGGCUGAACUAGCUCAUCAACAGGGAAAUGACUGGAAAGGCUUCUUUGAUGCUGACACGUUCCCUACUACUGCAGUUACCCAAACUACAAUGUACACACACGGAGUCAACAAUGGACAGGCCAUCAAAUCUGAGGGUGUUUGGUGGCGUCAGUCGCGCAAUCAAAGUGAUAAUGAGAGUAGCUACAUACGUAUGAACAAGCUUGACAAGUAUCAUGGAAUGCCGUCGGGUAUAUUCAGUGCUGAUGAACACUUGGCCGGACUCAUGCCAUCCAGAGGUGUGGAACUAUGUGCUGUGGUAGAGGCGAUGUUCUCCUAUGAAGUCCUCUUCAGCAUCACUGGUGAUCCUGUAUUUGCUGAGCGUGCGGAGAUGAUUGCAUACAAUGCACUGCCGGCAACAUUCACCAAGGACAUGUGGGCACACCAAUAUCUACAACAGCCUAAUGAGAUGAAUGCCAUACAUUCUGAUGAUCAUGUUUGGACGCAUGAUGGUCCAGACUCUACACUAUAUGGACUAGCACCAAACUACGGAUGCUGUACAGCUAACUUCAACCAAGGCUGGCCAAAGUACACGUCACGAUUGGUGAUGACCACUCCCGAUAAUGGGCUUGUUGUUGGAAUGUGGGCCCCAUGUACGGUAACAUCACCACUUGGGAAUCUCACUAUUACUAGCAACUAUCCAUUUGGGGACAAUGCCACAAUAGAUAUUGAGCUAGUUUCAUCAAUCACAACGGCACUGCCUGUGUACUUGAGAAUUCCGUCAUGGUCUGCCGCUACCAAAGUUGCUGUGAAUGGUGCAGCCACUGCACAUAGUCCAACUGCCGGCCAGCUGUACAAGGUGUUAUGCAAUGCUGGACAUUCAUGUCAAAUUGAGGUCAUGUUUGAUGCCGAGCUGCGACUGGAGAGGCGUUUCAAUAAUGCCGCAGCCAUAUACCGUGGAGCUCUGCUGUAUGGCAUGACCAUGAUAGAGGACUACACAGUGCUACGACAAUAUCAAUUUGAGUCCAAAGACUAUCAGGUUACAGGGAAAUCAGCUUGGAACUAUGCUCUCCAUUUGGCCAGUGACACAGAUUUGAAGAGUGCACUGACCUUUAUCCAAGGUAUCAUGCCUCUCACCGCUAGUCCAUACCAUCUUGCGACUGUUCCCGUACACUUGCUUGCAAAGGGGCAGCUACUUUCCAACUGGAAAUUGGCCCACAAUGCUGCUGCUGCACCGCCACAAAGUCCACUGAAGAACAACGGCAGCGAUGGACUGGACGAUAUUGUCCUAGUGCCGUAUGGUUCUACCUGUCUUCGUAUGGCUGAAAUGCCAACAGUCACACUCACAUAGUCAUGUUGCCUGCUGGCAUCUAUGAUCCGGCCCGUCCGUGCCCAUCCUAGGAUGGGUAGGGGGAUGCCGAUCUUAGGAUCAGAUCGGGUUCGAUCGAUGGAAAUCCCGCGCGUGGACCCUUUUUUCACGUGGAAUUGUUUUGUCUUUCGUUUUCCCGCUUGUCAAUAUAAAAACGUGCUUUUAUAAAUUUAUAUUGGUGCACCUCAAGUCGAUCAAUCCGAGAAUGGGCUACCUCAGUGCCCAACCUAGGAUGGGCAUUAGCUAUUUUGCCCAUCUUAGGAUGGGUAAAAUCCUUGGACGGGACGGAACAGCUACAUUCUGUGUGGUGAUAUAUAAAAUUAUGGAAAUCUCUACGUGCCUUGAUGACAUUGUACUGACAGUGUACUUCUUACUACUGUAUUGUCUGUAUUGUCUGUAUUGUCUGUAUUGUCUGUAUAGCAAUUCUCAGCUCUUUCUUAUGUCCUGUUUUCUUUCUUCAGACAUUUUCCGUUUGCUAUUUUCCUCAAUUUCAAAUCUUGUAGGACGCAUCACGCAGCUU